AUGGAAUUUCUUCGUAUAUCCCCAAAGUAUCAAAAUGAAUCAUGGAUCACCUUAUGCUCGGAUUUAUUACACAGCUUUGGCAAUGGCAACCGUAAAAGAAGGAAAGAAUCCAUGAUCCAUCAACAGCAUGUACCGCCACCACCACCAUUAUCAUCAUCAGCACAACAACAACGAUCCAAAAGGAAACGCCACUCGGAUGAUCUACCGACGUAUGAAUAUGCAGCAGGCGACCCAGUCAUUGACAUCCCAGCAACGCUGGUGAAUAGCGAUCCCUACUCAAAUACACAAACAAGAUGUUAUCGAAGGCGAGGUGAACAGCGCGUUUGCCAUGAUACCACUUUCAUGAGAAGAGAGUAUCAUUGUCUAGAACAAUUACCACCCUAUAGCUGUACCGUGUACAAGAUGGGGUAUGUCCGCAUAAAGCAAGAAUCUGGUGCGCGUGGAGAGAGGAUUAAGCAAUGCCCUUGGAGAAGUAAAGCCGAAUGCAUCGACAAUCGAACGCCGCCAAUAUUGACAGUAUCUAUGCAACGAGUGGAUGCUGGCAUGGCAACGGAGUACAAGAGGCGACCAAGAGUGCUACGUUUAUGGAUCCCUAAUGGCGAGCAAUUUCUACUAAGGUCGAAUGAUAUCAAGGACAUGGUUUCAUGGAUUGAGCAUUUGCAGGCAGCAGCCAAUAUUAGCGUGGAUCUUGAUCAUAGGCGGAUGCCACGGUUUGUGACCAUGAUACGGCCUAAUAACAACAGCAGUGGACAUACAUUUAAUCUCGAUCUUGGUCAUGAGCAGCGUACGGUAGUUAGUAUAUGCCGUUCACGAUGUUGA